AUGAGCGAUUUCCGCUGUGAGUUUGUGGAGGGUAGCUCUUCCAAGUUCUGGGAGGGCGUCCGAUUCGGCAAUGUUACCGUCGUUUCCUUUGGGAAGAUCGGCGGUGUUCCGUCCACCAGCACGAAGACGCAUCCAGACAUAUGGGCUGCAACACAGUUUCUGGAGAAGACAAUGGACUCCAAGCUCAAGAAGGGGUAUCUUCACACAGGUAAAUCCAAAGUCACCCGGAAGCCAGGCGCCGUGGCGAAAGCUAAGGCCAAAGCGAAGCCAAAGGCGAAGGCGAAGGCGGCGGCCAUGAAGGCCGUGAUGAAGACGGCCAUGAAGUCCUCCGCAGGAGGGAAGUUGGCCGGCAAGAUCCUCUGCUUCACAGGCGCUCUCUCCAUGCCCCGCUCGGUUGCAACGAAGAUGGCCAAGGAGGCCGGGGCCAGGGUGACCUCCUCGGUGUCCAAAACCACCGACAUUCUCGUGGUGGGAAAGGACGCGGGCUCGAAGGUCUUGAAGGGUGGCACGCACUUGCAGUACUGGGACGAGAAGAAGUUCCUGAAGACAGCGGGAUGA